AUGGCUUCCGAGACAAAAACAAGAGAAAACAACUCUUUCGUCCUCCGUGGCAUCAAAGAUGUCCUGUUCGAAGACCGACCGGUCCCAAAACUCACGGGUCCCUACGACGUCCUCCUCCGGGUCAACUACACUGGCAUCUGCGGUUCGGACGUGCACUACUGGCAACAUGGGAGGAUCGGACAUUUCGUGGUGAACGACCCGAUGGUGUUGGGACAUGAAUCCGCGGGCACGGUCGUGGAAGUCGGGUCGAGCGUGAGUAGCGUACAAAAGGGCGACAGGGUGGCCAUGGAACCUGGCAUCCCUUGCCGGAGGUGCGUGAGGUGUAAAGAAGGGAAAUACAACUUGUGUUUCGACAUGGCCUUCGCGGCGACUCCCCCCUACGACGGCACGUUGGCAAAAUAUUACGUCCUGCCGGAAGACUUUUGUUACAAGCUCCCCGAGAAGGUGAGCCUGGAGGAGGGGGCCCUGAUGGAACCUCUGGCCGUCGCGGUUCACAUCACCAAACAGUCCGGCUUGAAGCAAGGGGACACAUGUGUGGUCUUCGGCGCGGGUCCCGUAGGUCUCUUGUGCUGCGCCGUCGCCAAGGCGUUUGGGGCCAAAAAGGUCGUGGCCGUCGACAUCAAUCGAGAACGACUGGAUUUCGCCAUGUCAUUCGCCGCGGACGCGGCAUUUGAACCUGGGAGGGUCUCGGCGGCGGAGAACGCCCAAAACCUGAUCAAACACAACGACCUGGGUCGGGGCGCGGACGUGGCCAUCGACGCCAGCGGAGCCGAACCCAGCGUCCAGACCGCCAUCCACGUCCUACGCAUGGGAGGUAGUUACGUCCAAGGUGGCAUGGGCCGGGACGAGAUCACGUUCCCCAUCAUGGCGGCGUGCACAAAGGAGUUGACGGUCAAGGGGAGCUUCAGGUACGGUUCGGGUGACUACGAGACCGCCGUCAACCUGGUGAGCAGCGGGAAGGUCGACGUCAAGAAAUUGAUCAGCCGGAAAGUCAGCUUCGAGGACGCCGAAAAGGCCUUUGAGGACGUCAAAAACGGCAAGGCCAUCAAGGUCUUGAUCGAGGGACCUAAAUAG